GCGGUGACGGCGAAGCGGAGCGUUGUUUUCUGAGUAGUCGGGGGCGUGGUGACUGCUGAGGGCUGUCAUCUGAAGUCGUACACACGGUAUAUAGAGAACUAUACUGGUCGUACCUUUAUUUCUAAUGCUGUUAAAUUCACUCAAGGGUGGUUCAUAAGGAGGAAAGCCAUUUGCUUCUGCCAUUGGUAAGCGAUUCAUUAUCUCAAUCGUCCAACCAUGUCUCUCAAAACGAUUGUGGGUCAGAAGAUCAUGGACAUUGUCAUCAAGUCACAAAAGAAAGGCUCGACACCCGACUGGCGCGUCCUGGUGGUUGACGAGCUGAGCAUGAGGAUGAUCUCAGCAUGCACCAAGAUGCACGACCUGGCACAGGAGGGCAUCACAAUUGUUGAGGACAUCUUCAAGAAGCGGGAGCCACUGCAGCAUCUGGAGGCCGUCUACCUGGUACAACCCACCGAGAAAUCCAUCAAUGGCAUUAUCAACGACUUUGGCAUCCCAACGCGGACCAUGUACCGCGCUGCGCACAUCUUCUUCACGGAGGCGUGUCCUGACGAGUGCUUCAACAUGCUGGUGAAUGCCAACGUCUCCAAGUAUGUGAAGGCGCUGAAGGAGAUCAACAUCGCGUUCCUGCCGCAGGAGUCGCAGGUGUUCUCUCUGGACUGUGAGGAGACGUUCCCGGUGUUUUACGGGCCGUCACGCGCGCCGAGCCGGCCCCAGACCAUGGAGCGGAUGGCGCAGCAGCUGGCCACCCUCUGCGCUGUGCUGGGCGAGUACCCGAACGUGCGCUACCGCAGCGACUUUGACUACAACGUCGAGCUGGCGCAGAUGGUGCAGCAGAAGCUGGACGCCUACAAGGCCGACGAGCCGACCAUGGGAGAGUCUCCGGAGAAGGCGCGCUCCCAGCUGCUGAUCCUGGACCGCGGCUUCGACGCCGUGUCGCCGCUGCUGCACGAGCUCACCCUGCAGGCCAUGGCCUUUGACCUGCUGCCCAUCGAGAACGACGUCUACAAGUACGAGGCCAGCCAGGGCGAGAGUCCCAAGGAGGUGCUGCUGGACGACAAUGACGACCUGUGGGUGGAGCUGCGACACCAGCACAUCGCCAUCGUAUCGCAGCAGGUGACCAAGAACAUGAAGAAGUUCAUUGAGAACAAGCGCGGCAUGUCGACGGACAAGGCGUCGAUGCGCGACCUCAGUCAGAUGAUCAAGAAGAUGCCCCAGUACCAGAAAGAGCUGAGCAAGUACUCGACCCACCUGCACCUGGCCGGAGAGUGCAUGGCCUCCUACCAGGGAUACGUCGACAAACUCUGCAAGGUGGAGCAGGAUCUGGCCAUGGGUACUGACGCCGAGGGCGAGAAGAUCCGCGACCACAUGCGCAACAUCGUGCCCAUCCUGCUGGACCAGAACGUCACCACGUACGACAAGAUCAGGAUCAUCCUGCUCUACAUCCUGGUGAAGAACGGCAUCAGCGAGGAGAACCUCAACAAGCUGAUUCAGCACGCGCAGAUCCCUGCCGAGGACCGCAGUAUCAUCACCAACCUGGCCAAUCUCGGCCUCAACGUGGUGGUCGACGGAAACAGGAAGAAAAUCCACACGAUGGCGCGCAAGGAGCGGAUCACCGAGCACACCUACCAGAUGUCGCGCUGGACGCCCGUCAUCAAAGACAUCAUGGAGGACGCCAUCGACCUGAAACUGGACGAGAAGCACUUCCCGUUCCUGGCCGGUCGUGCGGCCACGGCCGGCUACCCGCGCGCCACGCCCACCACGGCCCGCUACGGCCACUGGCACAAGGACAAGGGCGCGCAGAACGUCAAGAACGUCCCCCGUCUCAUCGUCUACGUUCUGGGCGGCCUGUCCUACAGCGAGAUCCGCAGCGCCUAUGAGGUAACCAACGCCCUGAAGAACUGGGAAGUGGUGAUCGGCAGCGACCAGCUCAUCACGCCCGGCCAGUUCCUCAAGAACCUCUCCAAGCUGGGCGGCGGGCCGGCGUAGGUACGCCUCGAGCCACCAGAAACCGCCUCCACCGCCCCCGCCGACCGGUGAGGAGGGCACUGGGAGGCGGCGGCGCCCGACUGCGGCGUCUCGGGCGGGGUGGGAUGUGAGGACUCCGCUGUAGACGGGGAAGAUGGGGGCUCUGCGGGCGCCGGCGGUAGCGCGUCCGAACUCGCCGCUAGUGCUUGUCCACCCUGAGUUUGCAGUGUGAUCGGCCCCUAACGGCACAUACCGUUGUGAGUAGACCUCUAGAGUUGGGAGCAUAGCUGCUUCGUGAGGCUGAGUUGGGGUUGAAGGACGACCGGGUAGAGUUUGGCGUUUGCGUGAUUCAUUCAGUUGGGUGAUAUUUCAGCACCGGUUUUUGUUUAUCAUCGUACUUUGUCACGUCCUUCCGUCGCUUGUUGAGGUUGAUAAGUCUUGCCGCAGAGCGCUGGUAGUGGUAUUACUAGUCAGGGAAGCGUCAGCGCCUAGCAGCAACUUCGGCCCUUCAGCCAAGGUAUCAUUAGGCCUCUGCUCGUUAGGCCUCUGCUCGUUAGGUCUCUGCUCGUUAGGCCUCGCGGGUGCGGCUAGGGCCUGAGGUAGUGACUCUGGUGGGCAGGUUGCGUCUAUCUGGCCCGUUUCGCGCGUCAUAUCCCGGGGGUUCGAUGGGGUCACAGUCUGAAGGCGUUACGUACCAGCGUCCGCUUGAGUCCCUUUAGAACGACUGCGGUGGCAGUGCCGCCUCGCUGCGAAAUUUACCGAAGAGUGUUCGCACUCUUCGGUACAUUGAGUUCGGACAUUGAGGGAUCAUUCACGCUGGUAGUCGCGGGCUGGCGACGCCGGCGGACAAUGCGUCGGUGACCGAGAGGUGUCAUUCCUGGUACGACCAGCUCGUCACCGUAUUAUAUCAAACAACCCUCCUAACGUCCGGUAAGGGCUGGAUGUCGGCUAGGCUAGAGCGCACUCGCAGUUCUCCGAAAAGUCCCGGCCCGGAUCGCGUCACUAUCCAGAUUAACUUAGAUAUCGUCUAUGUGUGUACUAAGUGCUUAUCCAAAUAUCUAGGUUAUCUAUAUCGGGAAUCUCGAGUAGUGUCCGUUAAUUGCGGUGCUUGUUAUUGUAAACUGCAGCCACAUUUGCUAUCCGUAUGCACAUCUUAGUACGGAAGCUGUAUUGAUUCCUUAGGCGGUCAUUCCUAGUUCAUUAAUUCCGGUGGAAUAAUUUCCUAUGAUUUUGUAGCACUCACUGUCGUGGCUGUCAAUUGGCGAAUGUUAUUUCGAGACAGCUUUAGUUUAUGUGAUAAUAUGGUGUGGUGGUGGUGGAUUCUGCUGCUGUUUUAUGUCGAUCAAUGCUAUUCUUUGGGAGGUGAUUAUCUGUUCUUGUGGCGUUUUGUUUAUACGGCUUGCCGUCGUCACACAAGAACCGUAAAAUAGUAUUGUUAUGUGUUGGAGCUAUAUUUCGUUGACUGUACCUAUGAUUUUAUUUAUUGUGUAUUUGCUCGGCACGACUGAUCGUAAGGUACAGGACAUUCCCCGUCGCCAUGUUGCCGGCCUCUGCGCGUCGCCCGAUCAUUCCGCGGCCUCUGACCUCGGCUCUAUAUGGUUAUCUGACCGUCUAGUCGCUCGCUUCAGUCCAGCUGUCGCAGCCAUCUCUCGCUGAAAGUCAUAGGUGUGCUUGGCUUUACCUCUACCAAAUAGGCGCGUCGUGUACGACGUUUUCCGCCCUGUUCUACCUUUGCCAGCAUCGAUGUAUGUAUUUCAUCUAUCCCGCUUGCCCCCCUUAUUGCGAAUUGUCUAGUCCAAUCUCUGCUGCGCUUGUCCCAAUUUUUCCAUUUUGCCUCGUAUGCCUCAUCCUAACGACCGGCUGCAUCUCCUACAGUCCGUUCGAUAUCCGGACAUUUCGGUAUCAGCAUUUCCCGUACGAGCCAGCUGUAGCAUAAUCGCGCCUGCGGUCCUGCAGCGUCCCUUCGGCUUUAUACGCCCGGUAGGCACCCGUUUGUCGCAAUAACGCGGACCUGUGUGUUCGUGGGACGCUGCCGCGGUUCGCUGCUGGUUUCCGCACUCCGUGCCCAGUCUGCCUAUCUCUCCCCGGCCAGCCGGAGAGCCAUUCUGGGUAUUUCGGUGGAGCCGCAGCUUCGGAUCGGCGCGGCAGAUACGAUUGGCGGCGCAGCGGGGACGAGUAGCGGCGCGUGGAGGCAGUUAGCGGCGAGUAGUGACGCAGGCAGACGGGCGGCGGCGCGGCGAGGUCGCGGAGUGUUACCGUUUACAGAGGUUUGUCUUGUGCGCUACGUAACGGUAGUUGAUGACCCAUGGCGGGCCAAUCGGAUAGAAAUAAAGUCACUGCAUUA